GGAACGUGGGAGGCGGGAAUACUUGCUCAACGACGACUUCUCUCCUCCCAAAAAGUCCACCCUCUUCAUCCCACCACCAAGCCCAUCUCUCUCUCUCUCUCUCUCUCACCUUCUCUCGCAUCACAUAAUGGAUGCAGAAAUGGAUGAACUGACGGGGGAAGAGCAACCAAUGAUGCCGAAACCAUCUUCUUCUUCUUCCUUACUCAGGUACAAUUCCCCCCUGGCCCAAGUACUCCUCAUCGGACUAGUCUGUUUCUGCGGCCCCGGCAUGUUCAAUGCCCUCUCCGGAAUGGGUGGCGGAGGCCAAGUGGACCCCACGGCCGCCAACAAAGCCAACACCGCCCUCUACAUCACGCUCGCCGUCUUCGGCGUGCUCGGCGGCGGGAUCUACAACGUCCUCGGCCCACGCGCCACCCUCUUCGCCGGCUGCUCCUCCUACGUCCUUUACGCUGGAUCUUUUCUCUACUACAACAGCUAUCAGAACCAGUUCUUUGUCAUAGUCGCCGGCGCGCUGCUCGGAGCCGGCGCCGGGCUACUCUGGGCAGGCCAGGGCGCCAUGUUGACGUCGUACCCUCCGCCCGAUCGAAAGGGGACGUAUAUAUCCCUGUUCUGGAGCAUUUUCAAUAUGGGUGGUGUUAUUGGUGGUUUAAUCCCAUUUAUUCUGAAUUACAACCGUGGUGAGGCCGCGGCCUCCGUCAGCGACGGGACUUAUUUGGGGUUCAUGGUUUUCAUGUCCAUAGGUACUGUUCUUACGCUAGCCAUUCUCCACCCGAGUAAAGUGGUUCGAGAUGAUGGGUCUAGUUGCACUAACAUCAAGUACUCCAGUGUAUCUAUCGAAAUUGUUCAGAUUCUAAAGUUGUUUUUGAAUUGGAAGAUGCUAUUGAUGGUUCCCGCGGCAUGGGCUAGUAACUUCUUCUACACCUACCAGUUUAAUAAUGUGAAUGGGGUUUUGUUCAAUUUGAGGACUAGAGGGUUAAACAAUGUGUUCUAUUGGGGUGCCCAAAUGUUUGGGUCUGUGAUGAUUGGGUAUCUAAUGGACUUCAGUUUUAAGAGCAGAAGGAUGAGGGGACUUGUGGGGAUUGGGGUUGUUGCUUUGCUUGGGACUGGGAUUUGGGCUGGUGGACUUGUUAAUCAACUCGGGUACUCUCGCAAUCAGAUGCCGACGAGGCUUGAUUUCAAGGAAUCUGGGUCUGCUUUUGCGGGGCCGUUCAUCUUGUAUUUCUCUUUUGGGUUACUGGAUGCCAUGUUCCAGAGCAUGAUUUACUGGGUCAUUGGAGCAUUAGCCGACGAUUCUGAGACCCUUAGCAGGUAUACCGGAUUCUAUAAGGGAGUGCAAAGUGCGGGGGGAGCAGUUGCUUGGCAAGUUGAUGUGCACAAGGUGCCAUUUUUGAACCAGCUGAUUGCGAAUUGGGUGAUGACUACAGUGAGCUAUCCAUUGUUGGUGGUUCUCGUCCUAUUGGCGGUUAAAGAUUACCAUAAGGUUGAGGGAGAAGGGAAUUCCAAAGGGGCGGAUUUUUCACCAGCCAUUCCUGCUUUCAAAGAUGAAACUGAUGGUGGGCGUAGGAAGUGCAUUUAAAACACCUGUCCUUUCUUCUUCCGUAUUUGCCCGUAGUUGAUUUUUUUAUAUGAACUGUAAAUGUAGUGCGUUGUAAAUCACAGUGUAUCAAAGUUUGGCAGUUUGCCGGAUUCAUUGGAAAUACAUGCUCGUUAUUCUCAA